AUGCACGACGACAGCAACGACACGGAUCAUUUCGAUGUGCUUGUGCUAGGCACGGGCGUCACAGAAGCCGUCCUUUCCGCGGCGCUUAGUCGCGCGGGGAAGAAGGUGCUACAUGUCGAUCCCAAUAUGUACUAUGGCAGUGACUGGGCGAGUCUUACGCUCACGGAGCUGGCACAGUGGGCCGCGACGCAGCCGCAUACUACACUUACCUUCCCACGGUAUGAGGGUGACGAGAGGAACGACAAAGGCGUGCCAGUUUCGCUCCAGGAGCUCGAUCGACAUUACGCGCUCUCAGUUCGUCCGGCGCUCCUGCCUGCCCAGGGCCCCAUGAUCGAGGCCCUCAUUCGUUCCAACGUCGCGUCGUAUGCGACGUUUCGACUUCUAGGACAGACAGGCGUGUACACGGGCGAUCACCUCCAGCGUGUACCUAGUAGCAAGUCGGACAUUUUCCGCGAUAAGCGCAUUUCUCUCGCGGACAAGCGGCGGCUUAUGCGGUUUCUACAGUCGGCCACGCAACCGUCUGACGCUCUUCCGUCCAGCGAGAAGCGCAUGCAUACGCUCCUUCACGAGACCAUGGGUCUAAAUAAGGACUUGACCUCCGCUGUGAUGUACGGUGUCUCCCUGUGUUGGGACGCCGACGAGCCGGCGGCGCAUGCGAUGGAACGCACACGGCGCAUCCUUCAAGGCCUGGGUAGGUACGGCGAUGCAGCCUUGCUUGUGGGUCAGUAUGGCGGCGCAGGCGAGCUAGCCCAGGGCUUCUGCCGCUCGUCUGCGGUGCAUGGCAGUGUCUUUGUAUUGGGACGCCCUCUUACGUCGCUCACCUCUACGUCGACGUGGACGUUGCGUCUCGACGAUAUACCCACGACAUUUACUGCGGAAUGCGUCGCUGCGCCUUCGACGUUCGCCACGUAUGGGAUGUCCAAUGUGACGUUAAAAGCGGCCUACUGGAACCAUGUAGCUCUCCUUGUCUCGGACGCUCCUAUCGACUGGGCGACGCAUUUGCCGUCGAUCGCGCGUCGCGACGACGAGGAAGGGGAGGCGCCGCCCGACGAGCUGGAGACGGCUCUGCUUGUAUUUCCGCCAGAGACAAUGCGCACCGAGCAUGCUGUCAUGGUGCUUGUCCAGGGCGAAGGCACGUUCGCGUGCCCCAAGGGCCAGUAUGUGUACGCACUCACGACGUAUGCGCAGGCCGGGACGUCGGCGAUGGCAUGCUUACGCCCCGCUGUGGACCGACUCUAUACCCUCUUGACCGUGCAAAAGCCUUGGCUGGUAUCGCUGUACACAUCUCAUCCCAUCUACGAGCAAGGCGACUUAUCGAAGGCGACGUGGAUCGAUACUUCGGCGCCAUGGACUCGUACGCCUGGCCUGCCACGCACAUCCUUGUGCUUGGACGAAGUGGAUGUGCAUACGCAGCCCAUUCCCAACCUAACUGAGUCGCUCGACUUGUGUGUCGAGGCGGCCGAGCGCGCGUUCUGGCGGAUCGUUGGCCCGUCGCUCGAAGACGAGGCUCGGGCCGCCGCACAGGCGCGAGCACGGCUGCAUGACCCUGCUGAAUACCAAGGACGCGGCGGCGUAGAACCUGCAAUGACAGCAGCUCCGAUCACAGCGCCGUUGGAGUUCUUUGCGCCGCAGUCGCAGCCACAGGACGAGCAAGUCUAG